GACAUCAUUUCCGUUUGGUGUAAACUGUGGCGGGAAUUUAUGGCCGCGUGACCUUGCUUAGUUCACUCAGGUAAUUUACCCGUUAAUCCGGUGAUCCAGUACGUCAACCGCGUCAAUUCAAAGAACAACCCGUUAGUCAUGGGUCGCGUGCUGAACUGCAUCGUUGCGGUUUGUCCGGACAUGGGCAUCGGGAGAAACGGAAAUCUGCCCUGGCACCCGAUAAGACUGAGUAAAGAGUUCAAGCACUUUCAGAAGAUGACCAUGACUCCUACUGUAGAAGGUAAAAAGAACGUGGUCAUCAUGGGCAGGAAGACAUGGUUCUCGAUACCGGCACAGAACCGGCCUCUCAAGAACAGAAUCAACGUAGUCCUGAGCCGAGAACUCAAGACUGCUCCUGAGGGAGCACACUACCUAGCAGCUGACUUUAGCUCUGCGCUCCGUAUUCUGGAGAAUGCAGAGCUUGAGGCUCAAGCUGAUCAAGUGUGGAUCAUUGGUGGGAGCUCGCUGUACAAGGAGGUGAUGGAGAGCUCGGCACACCAGCGUCUUUUUGUAACAAGGAUCCUGAAGCAGUUUGACUGCGACACGUUCAUUCCUAACAUCGAUCUAGACAAGUUCAGGCUCCUCCCCGAGUUCCCUGGAGUGCCGGCGGGGUUGCAGGAGGAAAAUGGGCUGCAGUAUGUAUUUGAAGUGUAUGAGAGUGUGGAACAGUGAUGACUGGUGCUGAAAGACCUUACACACACACGCCUGCUUAUUUACUGAGAUCAGUGUGUGUGAGGCGACAGCAUCUGCUCAUGGACACUGUUUCUGUAGCCAAGUAACGUCAAGUCCUCACUGAAAUCACAUGGUAGUUCUCUGAAACUGAAAAUCAAAAGAUUUAAACUCUGUUCCAGCUGUUAAUGUUCUAGUUUCAAGCAGUCAAAUCCUCUUCAUCUCUGCGUUUCAUCCUUGCCUUGUCAUCGCAAUUGGAGAUUGUGUGUGUGCAAGAGAGAGAAGGCUGGUGUUUAGCCCAACCCCUGUGGCCGGUCCUUGCUCCUCUCAUAAAUAUGCAUUCCGCCUUUUGUGUCAAGAGCUAAUUAUUGACAGAGGUUCUCGUGUGCUUAGGUUGAAUACAAACCUUUAUGGAUCAUGCACACAAACACACGCACACUUUUUAUUCCCACAUUAAUGCCCCAGCCCUUUAAACAGCCCUGUCUAACAACAUCCAAAGGCUGCAAUCCACUCUAACCUUUGAGGCUGAUUGGUUUCAGGUCCCAGCAGGAGGCUAAAACUAAGCUGGAAAUUAGUCUGAUGGGCAGGCCAGUCCCCCCCCUAAAUAUACACUCAAUAUGUUGUGGUGGUGUUAAAUAUAAUGUGUUUAUAUUGUGUCUGUGUUGUAGUACACUCUGAUUUUGUUUGUCAAUUAUGACCAUAAAGAUCUAAAAGGAACAGAGACAUAAAUAAUUUAGACUACAGUAUAAUUUAGACUAAGUUCAUACUUUUAUAUGAAUGCCAUAAAAAAAAUAUAAAUAAAACAGGAAAAUGUCA